UUGAGCAUGCGCUGAGCAAGGCUUGGACUCAUUUCAGUUGAACAUGAGGAAGAAAAGUUUUUCAAAGUCGAGGACGGCGGGGCCAUGUCGCCCUCUGAUCUUGUGUUUAGAUGGUGCGUGUUCGUGUUUCCUUUAGUCAUCGCACUUACAGCAGAUGAGGAUGAGCCCAGAAGUGACUGGAGGGUAUAGUCUAAAACAUUGACGAAGUUGACAGAAUUGCGCAGGAGCCCUCCAGCGGACAGGUGGCUGUCAUCGUCACCGCACACUGAGACUACAGGAAACACGCAGAGGACAAACUCCAGACGGUGUAUAAAAUACAGCUGAGCGCAGAGAGCAGGGAGGAGAGCAGGAUCCGAAGUGACUUUUGACGCGGCAGUCGACUCAAACACAAGCAGACAGACAUCGGGUGUGUGUGCGCGCGCUCCAGCUACACAGAGAGAGAGGGAGAGAGAGAGAGAGAGAGAGAGCACCAGCAGUCUGACAAAGCUGCACUCCCUCGAAGUUUGACAUCCCCAGCGGACGACAGACGGAGUUCUGCUCCGCCGCUGCCAUGGAGCCUCGGAAGUGUGCCGGAUCUGUAUUGAUUGGUGUUUACCUGUGGGCGACAUUCUGCUGUCAAGGCUGUCAUGGCGGUGUGUACCAGAGAAAGCUGUACCGUGAGCUGAUGGUGAACUACAAUCGGCUGGAAAGGCCUGUCCAAAACGACUCUGCACCCAUUGUGGUGGAACUCGGCCUCACACUGCUACAAAUCAUUGAUGUGGAUGAAAAGAACCAAGUGUUGAUCACAAAUGCCUGGCUGCAGCUGUAUUGGACGGACAUUUACCUCUCAUGGAACCCAGAGAACUACCCCGGGGUUCAGAACCUACGCUUCCCGUCCAAUCUGGUAUGGGUCCCAGAUAUCCUCCUCUACAACAGCGCCGAUGAGAGGUUUGAUGCAACAUUCCAUACUAAUGUGCUGGUAAAUGCAACAGGAUCCUGCCAGUAUAUCCCACCAGGCAUCCUGAAGAGUACCUGCUACAUCGAUGUACGGUGGUUCCCAUUCGAUGUGCAGAAGUGUGACCUGAAGUUUGGUUCCUGGACCCACAAUGGUUGGCUCCUGGACCUCCAGAUGAUGGACGUGGACAUCUCUACCUACAUACCCAAUGGGGAAUGGGAUCUCGUAGGUGUGCCAGCUAAGCGUAAUGAGCUGUACUACGACUGCUGUAAGGAGCCCUACCCUGAUGUGACGUUCACAGUCACCAUGCGUCGCAGGACACUUUACUACGGCCUCAACCUGCUCAUCCCCUGCGUGCUCAUCUCUGGGCUGGCCCUGCUGGUCUUCCUGCUCCCUGCUGACUCAGGAGAGAAGAUUUCACUGGGCAUCACAGUGCUGCUGUCUCUAACAGUGUUCAUGUUACUGGUAGCAGAGAUCAUGCCUGCCACUUCAGACUCUGUUCCUCUGAUUGCUCAGUACUUUGCUAGCACCAUGAUGAUUGUGGGCUUGUCUGUGGUGGUAACAGUCCUGGUACUGCAGUUCCACCACCAUGACCCACAUGGAGGGAAGAUGCCUAAAUGGGUCCGGGUCAUCUUACUCAACUGGUGCGCUUGGUUUCUCCGCAUGAAGAAACCCGGAGAGGAAAACAAAACAGCUGUGAGUUCUAGUAGCCCGCCAAACUACAAGUACUCCCACCCUCCUCUUCACCAUACCAGCACCAGCAGCAUUCAGAUGAGCACUAUACCAGGGCAGGCAUCCACCCAGUCAACCACGACCAACGGGAACAUGAACGUGUACUUUGGCUACCACUCGAUGAGCACAGAAAAUCCUGCUUUCCCACCGAGCACUGAUUCAGGUGUGGUGGUGUGCGGUGGAGGAGGCGGGGGCGCCCAUCCCAAUGGCUCCUCCCCACAUGACAUCCAUUCAGAACAGACGCGGACUUUGCUGCUGGAGCAGGUUCCGGAAAUUUCCCUGAUCCUGGAGGAAGUGCAGUACAUUGCCAGGCGCUUCCGAGAGCAGGACGAGGGAGAGGCGAUCUGCAGCGAGUGGAAGUUUGCUGCCGCGGUGGUGGAUCGGUUGUGUCUGGUGGCCUUCUCCCUCUUCUCUAUCAUCUGCACCUUCACCAUCCUCAUGUCAGCCCCCAAUUUCAUUGAGGCUGUGUCCAAAGACUUCACAUAAGGCUGACCUCGUCCCUCUCUGAGAGGAAAGAGAGAGGCAACAACUCUAACAUUAAAAACCCUGACAUGAUUAGAAUUGUGCCACAUAAACCUCCCUGCCAUGUGAAGCCACACAGUUAUUUCAGUUAUUUUAAGUGUUGUUAGUUACAGAACAUCAGAACCAAAUCUUUCACUCUAUCUUCAUAGAUUUGUUAGUAGCAUAUGGUUGUAUGGAUGAGAUUUUUCCCAUUAAAGGUGGCUCUCCUAGCUAACACCUUACAUACAGCAUUCCACGUAGGAGGUUGAGGCUACAUGCAGUAGUUAAUGAUGUAGAAACUCUCUGCUGUACCAUCGUUUACCUGCCACCACUUGGGCUUCACGUCUCAUCAGUAUAUAGCCUACAGUUUAUACUUCUUCCCUCCUAGCUCUUUCUCUUCUCUUUCAUAUUCCUAGUCUUUUUCUGUUCCUUUCCCCACUGUAGCGCUUCUCGUCUUCUAGAAACAUCUAAUUGUCUUGAGCAGUAACAUACAGUACAGUCAAUAGAGUUCAAUAAACAGUUUUAGAAAUCUUUUCUUUUUCUUUAAGGCCUGUAUUCUAGUAAUGCUUUUUGUAUUUUGUAAAUAAAUGUACAUCUUACUUUAUCAAUGUGGUGAAGUUGAGAUAAAAAAUUUUAUAUUAAGUUGGUGAAUCAACUGACGUGUUAACUCAAAGCACUGGACACUUCUGUGUACUUCUUCACUUAUCUUGUGUACUCUUAACUAGGGCUGCAACUAAGAAUCAUUUUGAUUUUAAAUUAAUCUGCCAGUCAUUAUCUCCAUUAGCCAUUUUGUAUAUAAAAUGUCAGAAAAUAGUGUUAAAAUGUCUGUUGUAAUUUCCCAUGGUGACGUAUUCAGAUUGUUUUUACCCCACCAACAAUUCUAAACUCAAGCAUAUUCAGUUUACUACCAUAUGACAGUGAAAAGCAUCUUUCUAUUCCAUUUGUUUCAGCUCUACUUUAAACAUCUCCAUCGUGUCAGUCAAUUUUUCGCAUAAGUAUUGGUUUCUCCCUUACUCACCCCUUUAUUGCCUUUCAAGUCAUCCUCAUUAUUUCCUUGCCCUACCUUUGUUGCCACUGAUGUUCUCAUUUCCUUCUUGCACAGCUUAGACCCAGGUUCUAUAACCAUAAAUGUGAAUAGAGAAAGCUUUAUUUACCAUUACCAGUGAAAGUCAUACUUAAUUGUAAAUCUUUGUACAUCACUCAUUCACUUCAUUCGCAAUGCAUUUAUCUUUUGAGAUUAAUUCAGUGUUUAUAUGACUUAUGUGCUACACAAUGUAUUGCUGUAUUCUGAGGAAAAAUGAGUGAUUGAAAGACAAUAUUUGUUCUUUAGAUGGAUGGUUAAAUGGAUUCUAGAGGGACAUCACCCCAGUAGAUGCAUUUGGUACUAAUCUUUUGUAGUGCAGAGUGGUUUUGUUCUAACUCACUAAUACUCAGCCAAAGGCAAACACUUUCUUCUCUAAUCUCUAGCAACAACAUACAACAAGGAUUACUGGGUGACCUUAUGUAACAGAUUUGUGUUAAAUCUUGACUCUUCUCAUCACCCGAGCGUCCACUCAGAUCCUCAAUGGUACAAGACUCAUGUGAAUUCGCAGUUUUAUGCACAAAACUGAACUCCAGACUUCUCCAACUUUUGGCAUUUGGCAGUUUUAAGUGGAGUUUUCAGAGGAACCGAGGAAGAAUGAAAACAACAAAAUACAGUACACUGUGUGACUGCUGCUGAAAAAGUCACUGAGCUUGAGUUCAUGCUGUUACAGUUAAUCAAUGGGUCAAAUGCAGACAAAUAGCUGCACCUGUUGACUACCUUUCAUUUCAUUGUAUGACUCAGACUGUAAAGCAUUAAAUGUCAUAUCCACUCAUAAUGGACAGACAGGAAAAGGGGAAACCAAUCUUGACAUGAGAGUACAUGCAGUACUUUGCAGCGCUCUUUGUGUAGACAAUGUUGCUUCACUUUUGAUCCAGUUUUGGAGGGAUAGAUAGAUGAAAAUACCGACACCAUUCUCAUGUCUGGAUGUAAAAUGGGAAGCCACAGUCAGCAGCCAGCGGAAAACAAGAAGUCAGGAAGUCGGAAAAUUAAUUAGUUAGCUUUAGAGGUACCGCAAGGUGGAUUUUGUUAUGCUAAGCUAAGCUAACCAGCUUCAGACAGUAGCUACAUAUUUACCAUACAAACAUGAAAGUGGUAUAAAUUUUCUGGUAUUACUCGUAAAAAAAAAAACAACCAAAAAACCUCAUAAGCGUAUUUCCAGAAAUAUUGUACUAUUCCUCUAAUACUGGUUCAUUUGACAUUGCACAUUGUGUAGAAAAUAGAUUUUAAGUUGCAGGGGUCACACAGAUGGUGACUGAAAGCUGAGCACUGCUUAUUUAAGAGAACAUUUUAUUUAUUUUUUAAGGAACGCAGGAUCUUGGCUGCUGUAAGUAUGUUGUGUAAUAGAUCGAGGAAUAAUGCAAAACCUCGAUCACUGACUUAUCUUGGAGAACAACAGUGGGAAUGAUGCUUUGUGGAAUGAGAAGUGUCAUUCCACAUAUAUGCGACUUGGACUGACAACUGAUGGCAAGCAAAUAUGUAGAUACUUUGUGAGAUAAUCUGACCCAUUAAUAUUGUUACUUAUUCGUGUUGAUGUCUAUUCAGCAUAUGUUUUUUAUGUGACAAGCAUUUAUGGCACUGAGAGUUUGAUGUGUGUCAAAUGAAGAAUCAUGGAAUCUCUCAAAUGAUACUGUGCUGAAAAUAUGAAAAGAGAAUUAGGUGUUCAGGGUAAAAGAUAUUCUGUCAAAGCUAUGUUGAAGGUGAAACCACACAACUGGCUCAAAUAGCAGGGUUACAAAUGUGAAAUUCUAUUGACAGAUUUUAAAAAGUACACUUAAAAUGAGAAUGUGGACAUUUGCUUUUGCCAUGCAAUCACAGGCUUUUUUUCUUUUCAUCACCAGUGUUGUAUUUUUGUCAACUUGAGUGUCUUUUUAUUUGGUCUGUGCCUCUCUGCUCAGUAUGGUUCAUUCUCCUUUUG